GGGAGGUUGCGAUGAAAACCCUACCGUUUUGGGGAGGAGAGCGGUAGUUGCAGAGAGAGAUUGCUGAGAGGGAGAAAGAGAGACAGAUUGCAGAGAGGGAGAGACAGAUUGGGAUGGAGAGACGAAAGCUUCAAUCCCUCUUGGUGGUUGGUGGGUUCCUUCAAUGGCUGGUGCUUCUUCUUCACAGUUCUAAAUUUGGUGGGUUGGUGCGUUUCUCACGCUUCCCCUCGUUUUAAAAAUCCGACCGUUGUGCCUGCAUCCAAACAGGCCCUAAGGUUCCAGAGUGACACGAAGCAACGCACCUUGUGGACGGUAUGGAUCUCACGCACGUUUUCCCCACAUGCUGCCCCGAACCUGCGAGCUAGCGCGGUUCUUUUCUUUUAAAGGUGGGUUUCUCUUUGCUUUCUACUCUCUUUCUUACUUCCAUGGACUUGCUCUGCUCCUAGCACUCGUCCUCUCCUGUCUUCCCUUUUCCAGGAUCUCGUAAUCGAAGUUCUAAAUAAUCCAUGUCCGAAAAUCUCGAUUCCGAUCAGUUCGAGAAUAUGAUUUCUCCGUCAGUAGAAACUGCGAAAAAGGGUCCAAAUUCCGUCCCUCCAGCUGGAAAAUUCGGAAACAGCUCUGAGAUUUUCUCAGAUCUCAAAAGAAAGCAAGAAGUUGCGGAGAUUGGAAGGGUAAUAUGUGGAUCGAUGGAUGGAAAGGAAGAUUCUUCGGAAAACGAGGUGGAGUUCUUCUUCGAAGCUCGAAAUCAGGAAAUAUGCGAAGGAAGAUCAAUAACUUCAUCAGCGAUAGAAGAGAAAUUGGAAUCUGUCUCUGAAGAUAUGACGGAAUGGAAGCAAAGUCUGUUGGGAGUUGAGGAAAAGGAAGAAAUGGUGGAAAAGGUUGUGGGAUUUGAUUCCGAGGUUCGGUAUCUCGGCAACAAGAAGAUGAGCAGUUCGGGAAGCUUGCCUGUGGUUGAAGAGGGAUGUGAGGGAAGUUCGGGAAGCUUAUCUGUGAUUGAAGAAAAUCCUCAAAAUGGUAAGGUGGUCGAAUUCAGGAGUAACUGUGGAGAUCUCGUUAAGGAGUCAUCCCCGAUCAAAGAAUGGGGAAAGAUUGUGGAGGAUGAGAAGAACUCUGUCUAUGGAGCUCCGUCUAAGGAGAACAGUUUGAGAGGAUUGGAAGAAAGAUUGGGAACUUCCUUGGCGACUGAUGGGAAGUAUGAAACUGGCGGAACCGAAUCUGAAUUUGUAUGCCAGUCUCAAUAUGCUGGAAAGAUGCCAAACAGUAGGCAAGGAUGUGAUAAUUGUGAGUCGGAUGUAAAAAAACUGCAAGAAAGGGCGCUAUGUGAGUACAAAUGCAAGGGAUGUGAGAAUAAUUUAGAGAAUGCCUCCAACAACAAAGAAAAGAAAGAAACAGUGGGGAAGGCUGGAAAUGAUGGCAGACAGAAUGUGAUUAAGGAAACGGUCGAACAUGAGGGGAAACUUUCUACGAGAAGGGUGAAACACAAUAGAAAAGGUUUGGAGACCGUCAAUAACGGAAACAAGUUAAAAUCCAAUGCUGAAGUCCCAAAUGUAUGUGAGAAGGAGAAAGGAUCCAAGAGAAGUUACUUGAGGAGUGAGCUGGAGGCGCUGAGGUAUGUGAAGAUUGAAGAACAACAGAGUAGAUGGAAUGAGAUAUAUUUAGGGCUGGGACCUGUUGUCUCUAGAGAGUUCGAUCAAAUCUCAUUGGCUAAUCAGAAUCAGAGCCACAAGAAUGCUGGUAAACGGCAGUCCUUGGGAAAGAAGAAAGAGGCUGCCAAGGUUCUUGAUGAAGUACACUUUCAAAGCAUGGAGAUGAUCUCUGAAGAGGUGAAUUCCUUUGAUUUUGCUAGUGGUGACUUUGUGGAUGUUAGUGAAGAGAGCCGCACCUUUGUAGAGGAGGCAUGCGAUGAAGAUGAGAACAGUGAUGAUGAAUAUGAUAACAUUCAGAGACCUGCCUUUUUAGUUGAAGGAGAACCUGAUUUUGAAUCCGGCCCACCACAGGAUGGGCUAGAAUAUCUUAGACGAGUGAGGUGGGAAGCUGCAAAAAUUCCAAAAGUGAAAGUGGCAAAGCUUGACAAGGGUAAGCUUAACAGAGAACAGACGGCUUAUAUGCCCAAUAUUCCUGACAUUGCAAAGUGCCCAGAGCAGCUAAUGCCAUCAAAACAAUGGGAGGAUGCUUUUCUUGCCGAUUUCUCAGAGCUCAGACAGGCUCUGUCACAGCUGGAAGGUUCCAGUAUGGAAAAUUUGCAUGGCUUGCCAUCUCCUGCAUUGGUCAAUGCAGGUUUGGCCAAAAUUCCUGAUGAUCUCUUGAGCCCGAAGAGCAACCCAACAAUGUCGGUGAUUCUAUGUAUGGAUGCCGUUUCCCGAGCUAAGAUGCUAAGAAGCCGCAUAAACUCACUGCAGACUGCAGCCAGGCUAUCCAGGGGUGAUUGCUUGUGGGUAUUUGCUCUCUCUGCGGCGGUUGAUGUUCCCCUUGAUGCAGAAAUGAGUGCUUCCCUCAGGUGUUUGCUUAGGAAGUGCGCAAGCCUCCGGGCUGGGAAAUCAGAACUGGAUGAUGAAGUUGUGAUGUUGAACAUGCUGGUCGCAAUCUCGGGGAAGUAUUUCCGACAAUCCGAAGACUAGAAUUUUUGAAAGGUUAAAAAUCACUUGAGCAAGCUUUUGCUUUUGUUUAUGUUUAGGGAUUACAAAUGUUUCCUUGGGUUCCAUAAUUUUGAUAAUAAUGUAGAAGUCAAAGUUGCUAACUAAAACAGUUGUGUCAGCUGUUUGUACAUCUAAAAUGAUCACACAGCUUUCAAGCUUU